AUGGCUAGCAGUCCUCUUACCCAGAUUAAGUACCUGCAUCUUCCCACCUCCCAGACCCGGCUCUUCUACCGCGAAUCCGGGCCUCAAGACGCCCCGGUGAUACUCCUCCUCCAUGGCUUCCCUGCGUCCUCACAUCAAUACCGCAACCUGGUCCCCCUGCUAGCCACAAAAUACCACAUCCUUGCCCCAGGCCUCCCAGGAUUCGGAUUCACUGAAGCCCCAGAAACAUUCCACUACACCUUCGACAACCUCGCCAACACAGUCCUCGAAUUCCUAGAUGCUCUCUCCAUCCAGACAUUCACCGUCUACAUCUUCGACUACGGCGCACCAACAGCCCUCCGAAUUGCCCUCAAACCACCAACCCGCAUCACAGCAGUCAUUACCCAAAACGGCAACGCUUACACCGAAGGCCUGAGCGACUUCUGGGCCCCGAUCCGCGCCUUCUGGCUCGGCAAUAACACGCCCUCUGCGCGAGCCGAUCUCGCAAAGAACAUGCUCAGCCUAGAGGCUACAAAAUGGCAAUACGAGCACGGGACGUGCCCCACGCGAACCAUCGCCCCGGAGUCCUACACCCUGGACUAUGCCCUUCUGCAGCGUCCCGGGAACGCAGACGCCCAGGUUGAUCUCUUCUGGGAUUACCAGAACAAUAUCGCCCUGUAUCCUCGGUUUCAGGAGUAUUUUCGCAAGUCGCAGGUCCCGGUACUGGCGGUCUGGGGUCGUAAUGAUCCGAUUUUUGUGUCCGCCGGGGCGGAGGCUUUUAAGCGGGAUUUGCCAGACGCGGAGGUGCAUUUGCUCGAUGCUGGGCAUUUUGCGGUGGAGACGGAUACGGAGGAGAUUGGGGGGUUGGUUUUGGGGUUUUUGGAGAGAAUGGGGAUCUAG